AUGGAACCAACUAUGGAAAAAGCGGAGCCCCCGAGGUCCUCGACCCCGUCCUGGUUCGCCGCGGACCCUUCCAAAGCCUACUACGAAAAGCUCUCCCUCGUCUGGGCUCCCAUCUCCAUGCUCGUUCUCCUUGUCGGCGUCCUCGGCACCCCGCUCUACAAGUACUGCGACCGCAACUCCUACCUCCUCAUCACCGUCCUCGCUUGCCUUCCGGGCAUCUUUAUCCCUGUCUUCUUCCCGUGCCCCGCCGACUGCGGCCGCCCGUACGCCCAACGCUUCUGGGUCAAGGCCACAGUCUGGAUCGCUAUCUUCGGCUUUUACGGUAACUACUUCUGGACCCACUACUUUUAUGAGCUCCUUGGCGCAAAGUACUUGUUCGACUCCUACCGAUUCAAUGACGUCCCGUUGGUCACCUUUACCGCCACAUUCUUCUACUUCACCUUCUACUUCAACUUUGUCAAUCUCAUCCUGCGUCGCGUCGCCCGCUUUUCCGCUACGUUUCCUUCCUUUGCUCGCAACUUGAUUUGGUGGGCGAACAUCGCCGCCCUUGCAUAUGGCACGGCCGUCUUCGAGGCCGUGUCUAUCCAGCACUUUCCUCUCUACACCUACACAGAGACGGAGGCCUUCAUGGUCGUCGGCUCUGUUGUGUACGGCCUAUACUUUGUCAUCGGCUUUCCCAUGUUCUUCAGCUUGGACGAAGGCGUCGCCCCGCGCACAUCGGUACGUGGCGCCGCCACAAACGCGCUUGCGGCCACCGCUAUCGUCACCUUGCUACUGGAUUUAUGGCGCCUCAUGCUCGGCUCGAUUUAUGAAGUGGGGAGGUCGGCUCGCAUCCCGGUCCCCUUCGUGUACCAGGGCAGGGAGUGCCCGGAAGCGCCGGAGGGCGUCGCCGAGGUCGGAAGCUGCUCUGAGCAGCUGACAUCGUGCGCAGAGCAGGCGUCCUCGUGGCUGUAUCGAAAGAUCAUGUUUUCUGCAAACUUGCUGCAGGAGAAGAGCACCGAGGUUACAAGACAAUAUGAACACUUGUGA